AUGGACGACUUUCCGCACUACGCCGUCUUCGGCUUCUUCGCGCUCUGCGCCACGCUCGUGCUGCUCCUUCCGCUCGCGCUCCGCCAGGUGCUCGCCAGCUCCGCGCACCUUGCGGCGACCGCCGCGCGCGACUACUCGGAGGCGGUCGCGGAGGCGCUGAACCACGCGCUCGUCGCGUACACCGCGGCGCAGGUGGCGCUGUUCACGGCGCUCUUCCUCCCGCCCGCCCUCGUCUUUGACGUCCUCGCGUUGCUCCGCAACGCCUGCCGCCCCCGCCGCGCGGGCCACCUCAGCUACUUCAUUCCGCCCUUCCUGCGCGCAUUCGUCCGCCCGUGGCUCGCGCUGUUGUGCGGCGGGGUUCCCCGGGCCGGGGGGGGGGAAGGGGGAGGGGACGGGGAGAAUGGGGAGGGGGGGGAAGGGGAAGGAGCGGAGGAAGGGAUGGUGUUCCUCGGGCCAAUGACGGCGGAGGAGCUGGCGGCGUUGCCUCAGGUGGUGUACGGUGGGGAGGGGUGCGGCGGAGACCAGUGGCAGCAGCAACAGCAGCAGCAAAAGGAGGAGGAUGAGGAGGGCGGGGCGGAUUUGACUGAUUGUACAGAGGGGCUGAUCAAGAGGAGCAUCCCGGGUAGGCCUGCGGGGUCUUCAAGCGAGGGCGGAGAUAGACGGCUCGCGCUCGCAGCAGCAGCGGAGCUAGGGGCAGCGGAGGGUGGAGGAGGGAGCGUGGUUCGCGGCGAGGGCGAGGAGGGCGAAGGUAGUGCGCCGAGUGGCGCGGAGGGAGCGACAGCCACGCUGGACGGAGGCGAGGGGGGAGCGCAGCGGCCGUUAGUGGCCGCUGCAGCAGAGGCGGUGCCUGUAGGGGUUGCGGCAAGGGCUGGGGCGGCAGGAGGGGCAGCAGGGCGGUGUGAAGUGGAGGAAGAGGAGGGAGAGGAGCGGUCCCAGCUGCUGGUUCAGGGCAGCAGAGAAGGGGGGGAGUGGCGGGUGCAGGUGGAUGGGGAGAGGGAGGGCGAGGAGGAGGUGGAUGUGCAUGGGCAUAGAAGUGGGGAUGCGGGUAGGGGAUUGGAAUGCAGUGGAGCAUCAGGGAGAAGGGUUGUGAGAACAGAGAGCGGGGAGGAAGACCCGUGCACCAUCUGCUUCGAUGGCUUUAAGAGGGGCGACCAGCUGAGAGUACUGCCGUGCCAACACAGGUUCCACACAGCGUGCAUCGACGAGUGGCUCAUGAAGAAGCCCCUCUGCCCGCUCUGCAAGCGCUGCGCCCGCCCGCCGCCGCCCGCAAUCAUGAGGACACACCGCAUGUUCCUCUGGCUGCUCUCGCACACCGCCGCGUGGGAUUUUUCUCAAGCAGGCGGGCUCAUGGGCAUGCUGUGGAUGGCCACGCUGCUGCUGUAUGUCAUGCACGUGGGGUCGGAUUAG